AUGACUGAAAAUUUCAUUCUGGAUUUGGCACGUGAUCCGUAUUCUGCAACACCUUCGCGUGAGGCCAUGUUACAUUUGCUAUUAUCCAUCCGCGCUGCUACUGCCACAACAAUGGAUAUUGAUACGAAUAUUACUGCUUACGCUGACUGGUACAAACAAAAUAUUAGUGAUAGGAAAUUCAUUUUUAAAGUGAAGGAACUUCAAGCCAUAAUUGACCUACAGCAAUGCAUACCUUAUGAAACUGCUGAGGAUUAUAUAGAGAUUCAUGCCCCCUACUCAAUAUCACCGCCAGUGCAUUGCAGCAAACUUGCGCAAAGCUAUAAGAGUAGAUGCAAAAUGCAGUUGGCCAAAAAUAAACCCCAGGAACAAAGAAGAUCGUACCUUGACCAAAACAAAAAGCAAUUCUACGUAGCUGCCAGAGAAAUAGUGAAAAGUGAGAGUAUUGUGAAAUUUUCAUCAACUGAAGAUUCUUGGAAAGAUCCUAACCAACAAUAUUAUGACGGUUAUCCGCCCCAAGGUGGCUAUCCACCCCAAGGUGGUUAUGCCCCUCAAGGUGGCUAUCCCCCCCAAGGUGGUUACCCUCCCGCCGGAGGCUAUCCACCACAAGGUGGUUACCCUCCGGCUGGAGGUUACCCGCCAGGCGGUUACGCACCACAACCAGGAUUUGUUGUACCACCUGGCGGCGGCAGUGGUUAUGGCGCCUACGAUGAUCCUGAAGGACAACCAAAGAAUUUUUCUUUCGAUGAUAUGAGCAUACGCAAAGGGUUCAUACGCAAGGUCUACGUGAUACUAAUGGGUCAACUAGUGGUCACUUUUGGUUUUGUGGCGCUAUUCGUUUUCCAUCUACCCACCAAACAAUUCGCCUAUAGAAACCCGGCUCUAUUUUGGGUUGCAUUAGUAGUUUUGCUUGUAACAAUGAUAUGCAUGGCCUGUUGCGAAAGCGUACAUCGUACUACACCAAUGAACUUUAUUUUCCUUGGUUUAUUCACGCUAGCUGAAUCAUUCCUAAUGGGCGUAUCUGCUAGCCGAUAUGCACCGAAUGAAGUACUUUUUGCAGUGGGAAUUACGGCUAUGGUCUGUUUUGCUUUAACGCUAUUUGCCACGCAAACCAAAUAUGAUUUUACCAUGUGCGGUGGUGUAUUAGUGGUUGCAAUGGUAGUGUUCCUCGUUUUCGUUCCAGCUAUAUUCAUCAAAGGAAAAAUAAUAACUUUGGUUUAUGCCUCCAUCGGUGCAUUGCUCUUCUCUAUUUACCUUAUUUACGACACUCAACUAAUGAUGGGCGGCGACCAUAAGUAUUCCAUCAGUCCAGAAGAAUAUAUUUUCGCAGCACUCAACCUAUACUUGGAUAUUAUAAACAUCUUCAUGUACAUUUUGACAAUAAUAGGAGCGUCUAGGGACUAGGAGUAAACAUGUAAUAAA